AUGUCCACCACCACCGCCCAACUCCCAUCCACGCAGUCCGCCGUCGCCGCACCGGCCCGGCGCGCACGACUCACCCUUACCACCGUCCCCGUACACACACCUGCCCCCGGCGAGGUCGUCAUCCGCGUCGAGUGGUGCGCCUCCUCCCCGCUCGACCUGCACAAGGCCGACGGCGGCCUGGUCGUUCCCUCGUGGCCCUUUGUCGUCGGCACGGGCGGUGUCGCGGGUACCGUCGUCUCCACGGCAAGCGAGGGCGACCUCAAAGGUCUCGGCGUGGGCGACAGCGUCAUAAGCUUUGCAUGGGGCAGCGAGAAAAUGGCCAACACCCAGCAGUACCUGACCGUGCCGGCCUAUCUCGUGUCCAGGAUCCCAGAGGGCAUCAGCAAGCCCGCCGCGUCGACCGUGUCGGUCAACCUGGUGACUGUCUUCCACACCGUCACGAAAGAUCUGGGUCUCGGCCUGCCGUGGCCCAUUCCGUCCGGAUGGACGCCCAAGGUCGCGGAUGCUGCCAUCUUGAUCUGGGGCGCCAGCAGCAGUGUGGGCAUGUACGUUCUGCAGGUCCUCCGUCACUGGGGGUACAGGAACCUCAUCGCCGUCUCGAGCGGUCGACAUCACGACAGUCUCAAAGACCUUGGCGCGACCGCCUGCUUCGACUACACCAAGCCUGGCGUCGAGGCGGCUAUUGUGAAGCACCUCGGCGCAGCGGGUGUCCCCUACAUCAUCGACUGCAUAGGGUCUGUCGAGGGGACAUUGCGACCGCUGAGCAAAAUCGCCCAUGACGGGACGCGUGUGGCGAUCAUGUUGCCCAUGAUCAUCAGGGAUGCCACGGAGGAGGAGGAGCCUCUGUAUGAGAGCGACACAGCCAACGUCCUUCCGGGGGAAUGGGCCGACGGUGUGGUCCUCAGAGGUGUGCGCACGCACUUUUAUCUCGAGAAUGAGUUCUUCAAGGAACGGCUCCAGUCCGAGAUUGUCCCCGCUCUGCUUGCGCAGGGUAUCGUCAAGCCAAACAACUAUCGCCUCGUGGAGGGCGUCUCGCUGCUGGAGCGAGCGCAGAAAGCGCUCGAUAUGCUGCGGCAACGGGCCGCCAGCGGAGAGCGCCUGGUCUGGGGGGUGGCGGAGGAGUGA